GACUGGGGGAGACAGCGAAAGGCCUUCGCUCUCCUUCCUGACUUCAUCCAAGGAGCUCGCAGUAGUUUCUGUUUGGCCGCUGAUAACCCUACAGUUCAUUGUCACGAGUGAAUACCGUAGCGUAGAAUGGUUCUGAUUUUAGCAACACAACUGAUUACUGAGCUGUUUCGUUCCACUGCUGGUGAAAUUAAAGAUUGCUCCAGUGUUUACUGUUUGCCUUGGUUAUGUGAACUUGUGCCGAAAUUCUCCUGACUGGGUUUCGUGAGCUAUAGUAGUUACUGUGUGUCGUUCCACUCGAGCAAGUCUGCAGAUGAGCACAAAGGCUCAAUACUUGAAAAAUAAGUACCCAAAAUGGACAACUAUUUCAAGACAGCAGUUUGUGAUCUGGACAAAUUACUUGAUGAAUUUGAGCAAAAUCCAGAUGAAAGUGACUUUUGCAAGACUGUUGUAGGAGAGCCCAUACCUUUGGUCUAUUCGUCACUUCGUGCAAACUCAAAAUACUUAUCAGAAUUGCCUGCAUCCGCUUCACAGACUACAUUCAACAGGCACUCAUCAGAUAGUCAGCUUAGAUCAGAUUCAACAUUACCAUGUGCUGCUGAUCCUAAAGAACUUUCAACAUUGCCGUCAUCACAGAAAACUCUAACAGAGUUGGACUUGUUGUCAACUGUGGAUAGCAGAGCAUCUGGUGAUUCUGAGCAGUUCAGUUACAGCAGAGGCAGUGGACCUAUCUGUGACUUAAUUAGUGACACUGAAAGUGUGACCCAUGAAUCAAAUGGUCACAAGGUUGAUAAUGAAGCUGAAAUUAAACCCAGUGAGGACCAGACCAAUGGCUUAUUGCUGAUAGACUUCAAUCAGCCUUCUUCACCAGUUCAUUCAGGAGAGUUGGAAUGUUCAGAAGGAGGGAGUUUAGGAAUUAAAAACUUGUUGGAGUUGAAUAUAUCGUUUCCUAAUAGCACAGCACUUGAGCCACAGCAGUCAGGACAUUUUAAUGCAGAAAUAAGAAACCAGGAAUAUCCAAUCCAGCGCAAGAGUCUUGAUGAGCUCAAAGAUGAUGAACAUCAAAAGGAAGAGGAACAUCUGGAAAAAUUGCCUCAGUCUGAACAAAGUGAAGAGUUGUCAGUUGUUUCAAAGCAAACCAAAGAAACCAGUUCUGUGUUUGGCGAAACUGUUGAAUACGAUGAUUGCAGCAACAAAGAACUAGAGCAACCUUGCAGUGUACACUUGCCUGUAUGUGUAAAUUCAAGCAACAUAAUCACUGUUGCACCUUGUGAAUCAGAGGAUGUUGAAACUGAUUUAGAGGUUGAAAAGGAGUUUUUAAAAGUAAGAUACACAUGCAAUGCAGGAUUAACAAAAAAUGUAAAUAAAAUAAAUAAUAUGAGUAAUUUUACAACAUCCAAUGAUUCGUUGGUCCAGGAAGUGGAAAUAGCAGCAGACUCUGAAAUAAACUCAACCAAUCCAGAGCAGACUUCUCAGGUAAACCAUUAUCAGGAAGAAUAUGAUGGAACUUUAGACUGUGGAUCAGCUAUGUGCAUAGUUAGAAACUCUGUUAAGUUGAACUCUAAACCAUGUGAUCAAGAUCUACCUCUUGUAGAUGAUUGCAGUGAGAAAUUGGAACAUAAUGGUAAUAUCACUUCAGAGCAAACUGUAAGUUUUGAACGUGAAGAGAAGACUGGGGACAAACAUCCAAACACUGAGAGGAUGCAACAAGAAAGAACUUUGGUAUCUUCAGAUACUCUUCCAAAAACUAUAGCUAAGCCACUUGAAGAGGUACUGAAUAAUGUUAGUGACAUGGAAGUGGCAUCAACUCGCAAAGAAUUUACAGCUGAGUUUUCUUUUGUUAAUGACAUUGAAGAUGGAUAUGAUAUCAAUGAUGUGUUGGUUAGUGAUUCUGAGCUUGAUGCAUUCUUAAUGGAGCAGACUGAAAAUAGUUCACAAGGAUCUAUGAUUGACCAUUUAAUUCAAGGUUUUUCACAGCCUACUGAUUUUCUCAAACUGGAAGGUUCUCAAAAUCCUUCUGAAGAUAGUGAGGCUGUUGGUAUAAGUCGUGAUUCGUGGGAGAAAGAACCUGCUAAAUCAACUGAAUAUGAAGAUGGUAAAUUUGCAUCAAACACUGGGUACUCUUCAUCCCCAGCACAAAAUGGUUCCAUGAACUCUGCUGCAAAUGAAGCACUGGAUGCGAUAACACACAAACCAGACAAAACCAAAAAUAGUCAGUUUAUAUCCCCAACUGACACUGAACCAAAAGCCACCUGCACUCUCAAUAAUCAGAUUAGUUUUGGAGGUGCUAGACCCAAAAUCCUUAAUUCUCAAACAAGACUCCCACUAAAUAGGGAGUUGAAUGAUCCAAUUAAUGAUAAUCCUAAAGAUGCUACUGACAGUGUAAAUCUGUGUACAGUAUAUAUUGAUACAAAGGAUACUGUUUCUGAAACCGUGGAUAGUCCAUCCAUUUCAAGCUCCACUCCUCCAUCUAGUGUUUGUACAGAAGAUGAGACACUAGUGUUGGGACCAUCAUAUGAUUCCAUCACACAUGGUGAUGUAGGUAUUGCAGCUACAGAUAAAAUCGCUGAGCAGCGUAGAAAAGAAGCUGCUAUGUUGGGACAUAGCCAUCCACAAUGGAUACCAGAUUCUGAAGCACCAAACUGUGCAAAAUGCCAGGCUAGAUUUACUUUCACCAAAAGGAGACAUCACUGCAGAGCAUGUGGGAAUGUUUUCUGUGCUACCUGUUGUAACCAAAGAUGUAAGCUGCAAUAUUUGGAAAACAAGGAAGCUCGCGUUUGUGUUGACUGCUAUGACACCAUCCAGAAGGCUCGAGCUUUUAAGACUAUGAUGAGUCCAACUGGUCCAAGCCCUAACCCUAAUAUCCCAUCAGAAUAUUGUUCCACAGUUCCUCCUCUGCAGCAAGCUCAGGCAUCUGGCACCCUCAACUCCCCUCCCCCCACUGUCAUGGUACCAGUCUCAGUACUAAAACACCCAAGAAACACAAGCACAGGCAUCUGUUCCAGAGAACACAGAAGAGUCUGGUUUGCAGAUGGUAUCCUGCCAAAUGGAGAAGUGGCAGACACAACAACAAUGACAGGAAAUUCAACAGUUGGUGUAGGCAAGCAAACACCAGAUGAUGUGUGCCGAAUGAGUCAUGUCACACAAGAAUCAAAAGUGGUACUGCCUUCAUCUUCUAGUGCAGGAGAUAAAAUACAUUCUGAAGCUAUAAGCCAAGUUGAUGCUUUGAGGACUGAUUCAGCUUCAACAAAAACUGUUUUGGCAAGCCUUGAAAAGGAUAUCACACCUAACCUUAUUUAUCGAGCAGACUAUAGAGCACUGGCAACUAUUGGAAAGUCUGUCACAAAAGCCAUCAGUCUUGUUCCAGAUAAUGAGAAUGAUCUCCCUCCGCUUAUUGUGGCAAUAGAAAGUGAAGGAGGUCCAGUGGUGGUGGAGGAGCAUCCAUCUCAGAACCACGCAAUGCUGUUGCUGGAGGAUGAAGGGUCAAAUCCCUUGACGUUUGUGUUAAAUGCCAAUCUUCUAGUAAAUGUGAAACGUGUGAACUAUGCUGCAAAUAAAUGCUGGUGCUUUGUAUCCAAUGGAUUACAUGGUGUUGGUCAGGCAGAAGUUGUCAUUCUGUUGCUUUGUAUGCCUAAUGAAAAUACAAUUCCCAAAGACAUCUUUAACUUUUUUAUUGCACUUUAUCAGGAUGCAACUAAAGGAAAACCUGUUGGAAAUUUAGGAAAUGUUACCUUCACCGAAAAUUUUCUCGGCAGUCAACAUCAUGGAGGAUUCCUAUUCGUCACACCCACAUUCCAACCAUUGACAGAAUUACUACUUCCAAGUAGUCCAUUUUUGUUUGGAAUCCUCAUUCAGAAACUGGAAGUUCCUUGGGCAAAAGUGUUCCCUAUUCGACUCAUGCUAAGAUUGGGUGCGGAAUAUAAUGUUUAUCCUUGUCCUUUAAUGAGUGUCCGAUUCCGUAAAGCACUCUUUGGCGAAACAGGUCAUACCAUCAUGAACUUGCUGGCAGAUCUUCGAAGUUACCAAUAUACUCUGCCCACAAUUGAGGAAUUAGUACUACUUGUGGAGAUGGGGCAAAGCACUGUUAAAAUCCCUAAGCGAAGGUACAAUGAGGUCAUGAAGGUGGUGACCUCUUCCAAUGAACACGUGAUUACCAUGGGGGCAUGUUUUAGUUUGGAUGCUGACUCUCACCUGGUCUGCAUACAGAAUGAUGAUAAAACUUAUCAAACACAGGCAAACACUAUAACUGGGAAGUCCAGGAAAGUUACAGGAGCCUCUUUUGUGGUGUUUAAUGGAGCCCUUAAAACAACAUCAGGGUUUAUCGCUAAAUCCAGCAUAGUGGAAGAUGGACUUAUGGUACACAUUACUCCAGAAACCAUGGAGGGUUUAAGACGAGCUCUGAGGGAAAAAAGAAACUUCAAAAUCAUUUGUGGGAAAUUGGACCCAGAUGACAGAAAAGAAUUCGUAAAUAUUCAAUGGAUGGAUGGUGAUGAACCUGUAAAUAAAGGUGUUUUAAGUCCCAUUGAUGGACGAUCCAUGGAAGACAUUCCUAGCAUCAGAAUGCUCCAAGAAAAUGUAUUUGAAACAGAUGGAAUUACUGUAAAGUGUACAGAGGUAUUUUAUUUGCAAAGAAAUCAUGAUCCUCUCAGUCCUACCAUUCCAGCUGCACAGAGUGAACUGACUGAGGAGAUUGCCAGUGCUUGCUGUGCUGCUCUGUGCCCACACCUAAAAGCACUGAAAGAAAUUGGAAUAAACAAGCUGAGUCUCAGAGUCUCUUUAGAAACUGACAAGGUUGAAUAUCAAGCAGGAUCAAGUGGACGCCAACUUCCACAACACUACAUGAAUGACUUGGACAGUGCUUUAAUCCCAGUAAUCCACAGUGGGAGCUCUUAUGCUAGCAGUGGUCCCCUAGAGAUGGAAUUAUUUUUCUUCUUUCUGGAAAACCUUAAGUGAGGAGGAAAAUGUGUUAAUUUGAUGGCCCACAAACCUAUAACAAUACAGAUUGAAGCUUUCCAACUUUUUUUUCUUCUGCUUCAGUGACUUCACUAAAGGAUUCAGUGAUCCUAUUUUGAGGUAAUCUAUUCUCACAGGUGCUGUGCUAAGAUAGACAUUUUGUUGCAGGGUUGCAGGCCAGUCUGUCUUCAGAGACAAGGUUUCAUUUUGUGACAAAAUGGUUAAGUUCCCAUUCAGAAUGUAUUUGUAUUCACAUUCAGAAUCUCAGGCAUGAAAUCUGCUUGCUUAGUUAUGUACAACUUCAAGAUGUGAUGUUUGGUUAUAGAUGACACCCACAACUCUGGGUCUGUGGCUGGUCUGCAGUUCAACUACAGAAGGUAGUCAUUCAAAUUUCCAAUGUCCAUGAGAACAAAUUUCAUUUAAUAUGGCUAAUGUGUCAUCUUAACACAAUCAGGUUCCAGGUCAUUGUUGGAGAUAUGCCAAGUAUAAGUUUCGAUAAACUGGUCCAGUAAUACUUUGAAAAUUUUAAAUUAAAUACAAAUAAUUAAGCUAUGCAGUUUUGUAAUUAAGCAGCAGUAUAUGAAGCCAUAAAUGGAAUUUGAAUCAUCAUGUUUUGACUUUGGCAUCUUAAUCAUUCCUAAAAGCCAUCCAGUUAAAAGUAAAUUUUUUAAAAAGUUAUUUCUGCUAAAGAGCAGCAGUUUAUUUCUUAAGUUGACAUUUGUGAAUAGUAAUGUGAACCGUCAGAAUUUCCCAAGACAGUCAGUGAUUGAAAGACAUUUCAAAGCUGCUAAGUAUAUUAAAUCUGGAAGUAAGGAACACUGAGCCGUGCAUAUGUUUUCCAUGAUACCUUGUAUCUUCGAAAUGUUGCAUAUUUUAAAAGACCCUCUUUUUCAAUUGUCCUUUGGAUGUGUGAACUGGCUAAGCCAUGCUACAGUUGACAGCAUUUUCAUUGUGAGAAUAAAGCAGUAUAUGCUGGCAAGUUACCUGUUGUCACCUGAAAAUGUUGGCAAUCACAUAGAGUUUAACCUCCUUCAAUCCAGUAAAGCACAAAAUAAUGUGGGCCAGUCGAACAGUUUAGGUGAAGAAAUAUUCUCCUUGUGAUUUGAAAAUAGACAGCCAUCCCACUUGAGGGAUAUGAUCCCUCCAGUAAGCCUUUACAGGAAUUCUGAACCACGUCACAUUCUGGUUCAGCAUAUUUCAUGUAUCUGACAUUCCAAUGUGAGGAUUUCAAUGUGCAAAAAUAAUUAUGUUCAUCACCUUUAUGUAUAUUUCCUAACUUUUUCUAUAACAGAUUGAAUUUUUUCAUAGAUUUGUUUACAAAUUAUUUACAUUGGUGUUUGGGAAUAUGCUGUAACUUUAUAACUGCAGCUUAAAUUUUCAGCAAUGUUUGAGUCAAUUGAGAAAGCUUUCAAGCGUACUUAUCUUUAUUACUUUUUUAUUAGUUUUAUAAAAUAGGGUAACUUUAGUUUCAAAUAGAAUAUAAUCAAAUUGAGAACAUUAAGCCAAUUUAAUAUCCCGUUAAUGUUUGAGGUUUAAGAAUAACUAAUUAAAGUAACACUGGCAUACGUCGCCUUUUUUUUUUGAUUAGUUACUGUAUCCUUGAGUCUGUGUUUUGCUAAGGUAGAAACGUGCAAUUUCCCUACCAUGAAACUUGUGAAUCUAUACUCCUUUUGAGUGUCUGAGAAAUGUUUAAAUGUAUAUUCUUUGCCUAACUUCCUACUGUAGAUUUUGUAUCUAGUUAAAUGUCUGUGUAAAAUCACUAAUUCCUAUCUUUACAAACAAUAUUUUGUUUUUUUAAAAACUGCCAAUACACAGGGAAAGGUGUGUCUGCACUUGCCAUUCAAAUCUCUUCAAUGCCAUGUGCUUGAAAGAUUAAAGUAAUAAAAUGUGCUCCACAUGACAGGUGCAUCAGGUAAUUUUUUUCAAAUGUAUAAACAAAAUCAAAUUAGUGUCCUUGAAUGUUGAGUUCUUAAACACAUGGAUUUAUGUUUUGUAAAAUGUAAAAUCAUUCAUUGCCUGCAUAUUUUUAUUUAUAUGUAUCCAUGUAUAUUUAUGAUGAAAAAUAAAU